GAAAAGUCAGACAGACGAAUAAUAAAGUGGACGAGUCUCAGUCCAUUACAAGGCUGAAAAUAAAAGCUCUGAUAGAAGGGCCGCUUAGCAACUCGCACGAGGGAGAAAAGCCGGAGAGAUUCGUCCGUACACGCGCAAGGAAUUCCCAAGGAGCGAAACGUGAUCCUCCUUAAUUGUUUACUGCUUCUUAGUCAGGGUUUACCUUCACAAUGCUGGGAGCUUGUGUAUCGAGAUGGGGCCUCACUGGCUUGCCCCUGCGUCUUCUGAACAGCAAAACGUGCUGCCCCACCACACAGCUCUACCAAUCGCAGGCCAAUUAUUCACCCAACAAAUGCAAAGAUGUGGAAUACAAACCCAUCAGAUCAGUCCUGGUGGCCAAUAGAGGUGAAAUUGCCAUAAGAGUGUUUCGAGCUUGCAGCGAGCUAGGUAUUCGUUCUGUGGCCAUCUACUCAGAGCAGGACAAGAUGCAAGUGCACAGGCAAAAGGCAGAUGAAUCUUACCUGGUUGGCAAAGGUUUGGCUCCAGUUGCUGCUUAUCUUUCCAUUCCGGAAAUCAUCCGUGUCGCCAAAGAAAACCGAGUCGACGCCAUCCACCCUGGCUACGGUUUCCUCUCCGAGCGGGCAGAUUUCGCACAAGCUUGCGUCGACAGUGGUAUCCGCUUUAUUGGCCCGUCUCCUCGCGUUGUCCACCAAAUGGGCGAUAAAGUAGCUGCAAGGCAAGCUGCCAUCGAAGCCAAUGUCCCAAUCGUCCCUGGAACUCCAGGCCCAGUAACGACAACCGAAGAAGCAGUCAACUUUUGCCGAGAAUAUGGUCUGCCCGUCAUCUUCAAAGCCGCCUACGGUGGCGGCGGCCGCGGUAUGCGUGUCGUGCGUAAAAUGGAAGAAGUGGAGGAACUCUUCCAGAGGGCCACAUCCGAAGCCCUGGCCGCUUUCGGCAAUGGGGCCAUGUUUAUCGAGAAGUUUGUCGAGAGACCCAGGCACAUUGAAGUGCAGAUUCUUGGCGACCGAGCCGGAAACGUUGUCCAUCUUUUCGAACGCGAUUGCUCGGUCCAGCGCCGUCACCAGAAGGUGGUGGAAAUCGCCCCAGCACCCAAUCUCGACCCGGCUGUUCGUGAGCGUAUGACCAUCGAUGCCGUUCGACUUUGCCAGCACGUCGGUUACGAAAAUGCCGGAACGGUCGAAUUUCUGGUUGACGAAGCUGGCCGUCAUUACUUUAUCGAAGUUAACGCUCGAUUGCAGGUGGAGCACACUGUGACGGAAGAGGUGACGGGCAUCGACCUUGUCCAGCACCAAGUCAAGAUCGCCGAAGGCCUGACUCUACCCGAAUUGGGUCUAGAUCAGAGCAAAAUCAAAAUUCAGGGCAGUGCCAUCCAGUGCCGCAUGACGACAGAAGAUCCGGCUAAAAACUUCCAGCCGGACACAGGCCGUAUCGAAGUAUUCCGGAGCGGCGAAGGUAUGGGCAUUCGUUUGGACAGCGCCUCGGCCUUUGCCGGAGCCAUCAUCUCGCCCUACUACGACUCGUUGCUGGUCAAAGUCAUCGCUCACGCCGGAAACCUGCCGGCCUCGGCCGCCAAAAUGGUCCGAGCUCUGCGGGAAUUCCGCGUCCGAGGCGUCAAGACCAAUAUUCCAUUCCUACUCAACGUCUUGGAGAACCAAAAGUUUCUAACGGGCACCCUGGACACUUACUUUAUCGACGAGCAUCCCGAGCUGUUCCAGUUUGUUCCGUCACAGAAUCGCGCACAAAAGUUGCUCAACUACGUCGGCGACGUCCUGGUAAACGGCCCGCUCACCCCACUGGGCACCGAUCUCAAACCGGCCCACGUGGAACCGCAAGUCCCGGCGGUCGAUUCCGGCCGCCAACUGAGCGGAUUCCGCGAAAUCAUUACGGAGCAAGGCCCGGAAGCUUUCGCCAAAGCCGUCCGCAACCACAAGGGUCUCCUGCUGAUGGACACGACUUUCCGUGACGCCCACCAGUCGUUGCUGGCCACCCGAGUCCGCACGCACGACCUGCUCAAAGUCUCGCCGUACGUGGCCCAGAAUUUCUCGUCGCUCUACAGUCUGGAGAAUUGGGGCGGUGCCACGUUCGACGUGGCCAUGCGGUUCCUGCACGAGUGCCCGUGGGAGCGAUUGGAGGAGAUGCGACGCGUCAUGCCAAACAUUCCAUUCCAGAUGUUGUUGCGCGGGGCCAAUGCCGUCGGCUACACCAGUUACCCGGACAAUGUCGUCUACAAGUUUUGCGAACUCGCCGUUCAAACAGGAAUGGACAUUUUCCGAGUCUUUGAUUCCCUGAAUUAUCUGCCCAAUAUGAUGUUGGGCAUCGAUGCCGUAGGCAAGGCCGGCGGUGUAGUGGAAGCGGCCAUUUCUUACUCUGGUGAUAUCUCGGACCCGUCAAGGACCAAGUACACCCUGCCUUAUUAUUUGGAUCUGGCCGACGAGUUGGUCAAGGCCGGCACUCACGUCCUCUGCAUCAAGGACAUGGCUGGGCUCCUCAAGCCUCGGGCGGCGACUAUGCUGAUUGACGGCAUCCGCCAACGUCAUCCGGACGUUCCCAUCCACGUCCACACGCACGACACUUCUGGCGCCGGAGUCGCCUCGAUGCUGGCCGCUGCUCAAGCCGGAGCUGACGUUGUCGAUGUGGCUGUCGAUUCCAUGUCAGGCAUGACCAGCCAGCCGUCGAUGGGCGCCGUCGUGGCCAGUCUGCAGGGCUCCGAGUUGGACACGGGCAUUUCACUCGAGUCCGUCAGCGACUAUUCGGCCUAUUGGGAGCAGGCCCGCACGCUCUACGCUCCGUUUGAAUGCUGCGUCACCAUGAAGUCGGGCAACGCCGACGUCUAUCUCAACGAGAUCCCAGGCGGCCAGUACACCAAUUUGCAGUUCCAGGCCUAUUCUCUCGGACUGGGCAACCAAUUUGAGGACGUCAAGAAAGCCUACAGGGAGGCCAAUCAACUCCUUGGCGACAUCAUCAAAGUCACUCCGUCCAGCAAAACUGUCGGAGACUUGGCCCAGUUUAUGGUCCAGAAUAAGUUAUCUGGCCAGGACGUCCUGGAUCGCGCCGAAGAGCUCAGCUUCCCCAAAUCGGUGGUUGAAUUCAUGCAGGGAUAUUUGGGCAUUCCGUACGGUGGAUUCCCCGAGCCGUUCCGCACUCGAGUUCUCAAAGGUAUGCCCAAGGUCGAGGGCCGUCCAGGAGCCUCGAUGCCGUCCAUGGACCUGGACAAACUGAAGGAAGAUUUGAUUGAAGCUCAUGGCAAUCAGAUCCGCGAUGUUGACGUCAUGUCAGCCGCCAUGUACCCGUCCGUCUGCAAAGAAUUUCUCGAGUUCCGCUCCAAGUACGGUCCGGUCGACAAAUUCGCAACGCGCAUUUUCCUCACGGGCCCCAAAGUCGGCGAGGAAUUUGAGGUGACCAUUGAGAAGGGCAAGACGUUGCACAUCAAAACUUUGGCCAUGGCCGAAGAUCUGACCAAAACCGGCGACCGCGAAGUUUUCUUCGAGCUCAACGGCCAAUUGCGCUCCGUUUUCAUCCGUGACAAUACGGCGGCCAAGGAACUGCACAUUCAUCCCAAGGCGGAGAAAGGCGUCAAGGGCUCGGUGGGAGCUCCAAUGCCUGGAACGGUGAUUGAUCUCAGAGUGAAAUCCGGCGAUAAAGUCGAAAAGGGACAACCACUGGUUGUUUUAUCGGCCAUGAAAAUGGAAAUGGUCGUCCAGUCUCCUUGCACAGGAAUCGUGAAAACGGUGGACAUCGCCAAGGAUAUGAAACUUGAAGGCGACGACUUGCUCCUGACCAUCGAAGAGUCGAAAUAAAACUCUAGUUGAAACCACAAAUAGAAAUGAAUACAAACAAAAUCGUUGUCGUAGUCAUGGUUGGACGUAUAGCCAUUCAGUGUUUGGUUUCGAGGGGGGUAGUAAGAGGUGAAGGGCGUCGAAUGGCUCAUCAAAUCAUUUCAAAAAUCCAACAGUCAUAUCUGUUCGUUUUCGCUUGUCUCUUUUUUGGAUUCAUUCAGUUUUGAAUUGUUCUCUCUCUAUCAAGCCGUUCGGCCCGUGGGGCGACGCAUAUCGUCUUCCUAAAUGUUUUCUUCUUUUAUUUUCGAUUUAUUUGUUCUCAAGUUUAUCUGUUAGCGUGUGGCCUUGUGUUUGCUUUGCGCUAACUCCGUUUUUUUUGGGUCUACAUCUCGAUUUCGAAGAGUAAACCUUGUCAUAGCUAUGUCUUGUUUGGCUUUUCCUGACUAUAGCAUUCACAAUUGUCCUAGAAGGUUUUCUCUGUUAACUUUUUUUAAACUGCUGUUGCAGAGUUACAGAUGGAAUGUUGUUGUCUCAUUGUAUGCGAAAAUAUAAUAGAUGACUUGUGUUCAAUGUU